GACACACCGCACCGAGCCUCCGUCUCUGGCAGUCUGCCGUCACGCAACUCGUACUCUCGUUCUCAUAACACUCCUUCGAUGCUCGGCUCUUCCUACAAUCCCACCCACCGUGUCACCCGCCGCAAGAGCACCACCCUGAGCGCUGCAACCUCCGCCCAAGCAAUCUCCCAAGCCAUCAACAUUGACCAAUCCAACGCUGCCCGUAAAUCCGUCUCUUCACGCAAUGCUCUCGGCUCCGUCAGCCAGGCCAGCUACCCCUCUCCUCCGAGCAGCUUGCCUCAGGGUGACAAGUCGGUCGACGACAAAAAGGUCAAGGCUCGUCGCGGCAGCGAUGGCUCCGUUUUGACAAAGAAGAAGUCGGCUGCUGGCGAGCUCAAGUGCGAAACCUGCGGAAAGGGCUACAAGCACAGCAAAUGGCAAUACACGUCCAAGCUCCUCAUCUCUAAGCACCAACAGGUCCAGUUGUUAGAAGCUGCCUCGGUCCUUGUCGCUAUGAACGGAGAUGCCACNCCCGGUGAUAGCAAACUUAGCGACAGCGACAACUCGUCCGCCUCGCCCGCUGCCUCGGGUUCCGACUCUAGAGAGGACGACAUCAGCUCGGCCGAGACUACACCACCUCCCCAUGGCGAGCAAUCCUUCGGACACAACAAGCGCUAUAGCAACGCCAGUAGCUUUGUUUCGCGCUCGUACCAGUCUGAAUUUUCUGCUCCUUCUGGCUCAUCUCACGCCCGCCAUUGGAGCACUUCAAGCAGCAGACCCAUCACUGCUGCCUCCUCUCUUGCCCAGAGCUAUCCCGAUGAGGACCAAGCGGAUCUUGCUGCUGCAGUCGGCUUGCUAAGCUGCAGCUAUGGCACCCCCACUUAUGGUCCCACCAGCUUAGGUCAAAAUGUGCCCCCGGUGCCUCCUCUUCCCGCGAGAUACCAGAACUCGUACCAGCCAAGCUCCCUGGCAAAUGCUCACCAGUUCCACGAAGAUGUCGACAUGGAGGAGGAAUCGUAUUCCGAGGAUGACGAAGAAACCAGCAGAGCCGACGAAGCCGACGAUGGCGUUUUUGGCACAAUGGAAGAGUAA